UUCCAUUAUAGGUAUAUAUCAUGGCUAUCAAAAACCUUCUAACUUUAAUGAAUUUUUAAAAGAUUUCGUUUAGGAAGCUAAAGAGCUCACAGAAAACGGCCUUAACAUUUUUGGACAAACAUUUCAAUUUAAAAUAACAAUGUUUCUAUUUGAUGCAGUGGCAAAAUCAAGUGUUUUAUAUUGUAAGGGUCAUAGCGGUUACUACUCCUGUACAAAAUGCAAACAAAAAGGUAUAUACAUCAAUGAUAGAGUUUGUUUUCCAGAUCUUGUAAGUGAACCGCGUACUAAUGAAUGUUUUUUGUCCUUAAAUGAAAAUAACAAUUUUUUGUCUGGAGUAAGUAUUUUGGGAGACAUUCCCAAUAUUAAUUUUGUUUCAGACAUUCCACUUGAUUACAUGCAUUUAAUAUGUUUAGGGGUGGUAAAACGGUUGGUAGUCCAAACUUGGGCUUUUGGUCCAAUUCCUCAUAAGUUAUGUGCUAGGGAUUUUAAUAAAAUUUCCUUGAAUCUAGAAAGUUUAAAACAGUUUAUCCCUUCAGAUUUUGCUCGAGUUCCAAGAGGAUUGUCUGAAAGCAAGAGAUGGAAGGCCACUGAGUUCAGACAAUUUCUCCUCUAUUCCGGCCCUGUAGUUCUGAAAAAUGUUUUGCCACCUACUAAAUACUUUCAUUUUUUGAGUUUACAUGUUGCAAUUGUUAUACUGAUUAAUAAAAAACAUUGUGAUACAUACUUAGACUAUGCCGAGCAGCUAUUGGAGCAUUUUGUUAAAUCAACAAAAAUAAUUUAUGGAACUCACUAUUUAAGCCAUAAUUUCCACAAUCUUUUACACAUCGUCGACGAUGUUCGUAAGCACGGAUGCCUUGAUAAAUUUAGUAAUUUUUCUUCCGAAAACUAUUUGUACUAUAUCAAGAAACUUAUUCGUAAACCUUCGGACGUGCUAGAGCAAAUUAUUAAACGAAUUGGUGAAAUCGAAAAACACAUAUCAUCGCCAAAAAAUUGUAAUUUAUCAGAUAAAAACAAUUUCGAAAUGGGAAAUCCACACAACGAUGGAGUGCUUGUUAAUAACUGCGGAGGCCCCCAGUAUAAAACUGCAAAAUUUAUAGAUUUCUCAAUUUCAAUAAAUAAAAAAGAUUGUUGCUGUGUGUUGAAAAAUAACAUUAUAAUUACUGCAGAAAACUUUGCAUUUUGUUCCAGUACUAAUGAGUUUGUGGUUGUGGGCAGGUGUUUUGAAACAGUACAGGAUUUUUAUGACCAACCGUGCAAUUCUAGCAAUUUUGGAAUUUUCUUUGUAAAGAAUCUAAGCGAUCUAAAUUACUGGCCAAUUAAAUAUAUAAAAAAUAAAUUAAUCAAGUUACCAUAUACAGAUGGUUUUGUAGUUUUGCCCUUGCUACAUCAUGAUGAAUAGUAGAUAUGUUACGGAUAAUACAAGAAAUUAGUUAAUUCGCGAAUUAACCGGAUAGAACGCGAAAUAACCAAGGAUAAAACCCGAAUAUGUGUUAGUUUCGCGCCUGUUUCGCGUAUUAUCCAGCGCAAACCCAACCAACCCAAAUAUGUUUAUUUCUUCCGUAUUAACCGGCUGUAUUGGUUAAUUCGAGUUCUAGCUAGUUAAUUCCCGAAUUAACUAAUUUCUUGUAUUAUCCGUGACAGAUACACAAGUCCGAAUUAAUGUCAAUUGGGGUUUGUUUCCAUAUUUUUGUUGAUAACACAUUUUUUUGUAAUGAUGAUUUGUUAAAGUUUCAUUUCAAAAUUAAUAUAAAUUGCAAUAGGUAUUUUGGUCACUGGUUUUUU